UUUGAUCAAAAGAUAAGUGAUAUAUAUGCAUUCCUGACACAAGCUGCACCAUUUGGUACUGUACUUGAUACCACUGUCGACUCUGUGCUCGCCAAGAUGGCAAAUAAAAUAAGUGCAACACCUAAAACUCAGAAGCAACCAGCCUGGAAGCCUGUGUUACAUAAAGGCAAGAACCAAAUGAACUUGGCUAUUACAGAAUUUGUCAGGGCAGUUCAGUAUGACAGAGACAAUAUAGAAGAUGUAUGGGAUGUUUAUGGUACUGUAUCAUGUAAGGCGGAGUUAGAGGGUACCAUGCCAACCGUAACCAUGACAAUAUCACAACCAACAGAUGGGGAGGUCACUCCACUCAAUAAUCUGAUUAUUCAUCCAUGUGUUCAGAGUGCCGAUGCUUAUAUAUUGGAAGAAGGUAAAGACCGAGCUAUACCAAGGAGAGUUAGAUUUACCCCACCUCUAGAGAUGAUAACAUUAUGUCAUUAUAGAGUCAACCCUACAAGACAGCCACCUAUCACUGGCAGCUUUGACCUAUUUGCAGAUGAAGACAGGGUAAAGAUCAAAGUUCAUCUGAGAUUGUCUGAAAAUAUUAAGAACUCGUUUGAAUACUGUGAACUUCAGAUUCCAUUUGGUAAAAGAGGUGCAGUAACUAUCCAAGAGUCUUCUUUAAACCAUGGUACCUUGCUUUUGUCACCUGACAAAAGUAUUGUCGUGUGGAAUAUUGGACAACGGUUCCCUGCAAAACAACUGGAGAUUAGCAUGUCUGCAAGUUUAUUCCUGGGAAACAGUCAGACCAAAAAUACUGGUUCCCUGGAGGAACAGUUCUGUACAGGUCAAAAUGCUUAUGCUCAGUUAUUUUUUAAGAUAGUAGAUUUCACACAGUCUGGUUGUUUUAUUGAUGCCAAAUCUAUACAAGUGUCACCAACAAUGAAAUAUAAACUGACCUGUGUUCGAGAAUUUCUAUCAUCUGAGUAUAAGUUAUGGAAUGUCCAUGGUGAUAGUCUGGUUUCUGCAAUUCCAAAAUGUCUUAGUGAUCAUCAGACUGUAGAAACGUGACACAGUCUAUUCUAUUUAUAGUAUAGGCCAUUUAAAGACUUCACUAUUUAGAAUUUUAAAUAAAAGUGCAAUAUAUUUUUAUAUGAAAAUGAGUCAAUGCUAUGUUUUUAAACAGAUGGAAAUAUGUAUAAAGUCAUCUUUUUGAUGUACAUGUUUAUAUGCUGCAUUAUAAAACUUAUUAUAUUCCAUUGUUAUUGUUGAUAUUAUAAAAGUAUGUAUAUUUUAUAAUAAAGUUAAACAAAGAUAAGAAAUAUUUUAAAAGUUUUUAUUCCACUUGCAGAGUGCAUUCUUUUGUGUGAUUUUCUCAGACAACAAACUGGAAUAUUAAGAUCUUUUAAAGGUUUUAGAAACUUCUAUACAUAUUACCAUGUUACAGUUUUAAAAUUGUAAAAUUCCAUGCUAUAUUACCCUGCUUAUAAUUAACUGCCACCGUUAUUUUAACCAGUAAAUUAUAAUGAAUUUUCACUUUUUUACUUAAAUAUAUGUUAUUAAUAAACUUGAGAGGUUUUUCAUUGGCUCAAAAUCAUGACGUGUAUUCAUACAUCAUCAAUAUCUAUAGAGCUUUCCAGCAAUAACGAGUGGACUUGAUCAAAUUCGCACCAACCUGGGACUUAUGUUCCAACAUGGCUGCUGUUGAAGACAUGUACUUUAAUUUUGAUGUCAUCCUCGAAUAUAUUCCACAUACUUGAUAUUAUAUAUAUUAACAGAUUUUACAAUAUACAUGUCCAACAGAUAUAUGGUAAUAUUACGUGAUAACUAACUUUUGUUUAAGCUUUCUUCCAGACAAUUUAAUUUAUCGGAUCUUUGUGUAUUUCUUAGUAACAAUAAUAGUUCAUCAAA